GACAAAGUGCCGUGGGCCCCACCUUCCGAUCCCCAGACCACGGUACUAGCCCCCCUCCCGAGUCUCUGGCGAGGACCGGGCGAGACUGCGAGGUCACAUCGGUCGACUUGCUCGCUCUCUCCCCGGGCCCAGAGACGUGCAGGCCGCGGCCGGCGAAGCAAUGGAUUUCAAGGGGUUCUGGGAGUCCAGAUUCGGGGGCAAGAAGGAGCCCGAGCAGAACGGGCACGCCAACGCAGGGGCCAACGGGAGCGUCCAGAAGAGGGCCUCCGAUUUGGCGGUCUACGAGCAGUUCGAGCAGCAGGCCAGGCAGACCGAGGCGCGAGCAGCCGCGAUUCGCGAUGGGAAUGCUGAUGUCAUCCAGAAGCCCCUCCUACCUCCAUUUGAGUCGGCAGAAAUGCGUAAUCUAGCCGAGACAUUGUUGCGGGAUAUUAUUCGUGGGAGUCCAGAUGUGAAAUGGGAAAGCAUCAAAGGACUAGAAAAUGCAAAACGCCUUCUAAAGGAGGCAGUUGUCAUGCCCAUAAAGUACCCGAAAUACUUCACUGGUCUCCUGUCACCGUGGAAAGGCAUCUUACUUUUUGGUCCCCCAGGGACAGGAAAGACAAUGCUGGCAAAAGCGGUUGCUACUGAGUGCAAAACCACAUUCUUCAACAUUUCAGCAUCAUCAAUAGUCAGCAAAUGGCGUGGAGAUUCAGAGAAGCUCGUCAAAGUUCUGUUUGAGCUUGCUAGGCAUCAUGCACCAUCCACAAUAUUUCUUGAUGAGAUUGAUGCUAUUAUUAGCCAACGUGGCGAAGCUCGUAGCGAGCACGAAGCUAGUCGGCGCUUGAAGACAGAACUACUUAUUCAGAUGGAUGGCUUGACAAAGACAAACGACUUGGUAUUUGUACUCGCAGCAACAAAUCUACCGUGGGAAUUGGAUGCAGCUAUGCUCCGCCGGCUUGAGAAGCGAAUUCUUGUACCACUUCCUGAAGCUGAAGCUAGACAUGCGAUGUUUGAAGAACUUUUGCCAACAAUUACCCCAAAGCUAGAGGUCCCAUACGACAUUCUAGUUGAAAAGACUGAAGGUUACUCUGGUUCAGAUAUUCGUCUUGUGUGCAAAGAAGCUGCCAUGCAACCACUAAGACGUCUCAUGUCAGUUCUUGAAGCCAGCAAUGAGUUGGUGCCAGAGGAAGAACUGCCCGAGGUUGGUCCUCUCAAACCUGAAGAUAUUGAACUUGCAUUAAGGAACACAAGGCCAUCAGCGCACCUCCAUGCACAUCGCUAUGAAAAGUUUAACCAGGACUAUGGAAGCCAGAUUCUUUGUUCAGAGCAAGCAUGAUCUUAUUAUCAGGUUGAUGCUCCAUUCAAUCAUGUGAACGAACUGAUGCCCCUGGUGAUAUGUUCCCCUUGUGUCAAAAUGGCCUUCCUUGCAGCGUUAAUGAGGCCCCUGGCAGGUUGCUGUGACUCUUUUUAGCCAGGCUGAGAUUAUUACUAAGCCUUGAUCGAUCUUACAGAAAAAAUGAUUCAUUGGUUAAGUUGUACGUCGAAAUAUUUUUUCGUUAACCUGAAGAAAAGUACAUUGUGAUCACAUUGAAUGGAAUGCGAGACAGAGAACUGGUCUAAGUUUCUUCAAUCAGAUUCUUAUUGAUGAUGCA